AUGGCAGAUGAGAUUGUUCUUCUAAAUUUCUGGCCCAGCUGCUUCGGUGCAAGGGUGAGAAUUGCCUUAGCUGAGAAGGGUAUCAACUACCAAUACAGAGAACAGAACCUCCUCCAAGAAAAGAGCCCUCAAUUACUUCAGUUGAAUCCAAUUAAUAAGAAGGUUCCUGUGUUCAUCCAUAAUGGGAGACCCAUCUGUGAAUCUCUCUUCAUUGUUGAAUACAUAGAAGAGAUCUGGAAGGACAAAGCUCCUUUGCUGCCUUGUGAUCCUUACCAAAGAGCCCAGGCCAGGUUUUGGGCUGAUUACAUCGAAAAGAAGUGUUACGGCUUCAUAAGGAGAAUAUUGUACAGUGGAAAGGAAGAAGAACGAAAGGAAGCUAAGAAGGAAUUUAUAGAAAUGCUGAAGGUGAUGGAAGGAGAGCUUGGAGACAAGGCUUACUUCGGGGGUGACAAUUUUGGGUUUGUGGAUGUGAGUUUUGUGCCUUUCCAUAGCUGGUUUUAUGCUCUAGAGACGUUUGGCAACUUCAGCAUAGGAGCCGAGUGCCCAAAGCUGCUAGAUUGGGCCAAGAGGUGCAUGCAAAGGGAGAGCGUGGCUCAGUCUCUUCCUGAUCCACUCAAGAUGUACCACUAUGCUCUUCAAAUGAAGAAGAGGUUUGGUGUGGAGUAGGGAGAAAAGUAGUUAUUUCAAUUGUGUGUGUGUGUGUGUGUGUGUGUGCGUGUGUGUGUGUGAGAGAGAGAGAGAU